AUGGAGUUUGGAGAACUGAUGAAAGACUGGAUAGAAGAUUGGUCAGAUGAUGAAAAUUCAGAUCGUGGAGAUAGGUCAGAGAAUGGGAACAUAUUGGAAGAUCUUAAUAUUGAUGAACAUGAUGAUGGUCAGGAGAACAAUGAGCAUGAUGAUGGUGAGGAAAACAACUCAGAGAUCUCGAAUGAAGAUUACAUUAGUCAGGUGACAGAAGUUGAGGGUAAAAAGAAUGUCCAAGAUACUGCUAGUGCAGAUGAUAAGAGGGAUAUGUUCAUGCAGAUAAUACAAAUGACUUUUACGUCUCACGAGGCUGCGUAUGAUUUCUACAACAGCUAUGCUAGAGAUAAUGGUUUCAGCAUUAGAAAGAAUAGGGUCAGACAAGGAAAACGUGACAGCAGGUUGCUAACCGAGGAAGGACACAGCCGUAGGCUCAGACCCGAGACACGCUGCCACUGCGAAGCGCACCUGACCGUGAAGCUUGACCAAAAGCGUGGGGUUUGGUAUGUUGAUAGUUUUGAGGACAAGCAUAGCCAUAUCUUGGCAGGACCGGACGAGGUACCUUUUCUUUGGUCCCACAGAAAAAUCAAAGAGUACCAGAAGCAUGAGAUAAUGUCCAUGGGAGCUGCAGGGAUUAGAAUUCACGACAUGAUGGAUUGCUUCAUCAGCAAACAUGUAUGGUACGGCGGUGUUGGUUUUACCAGGCGUGAAAUAUACAACCUUUGCGCCAGGGAGAAGAGGAAGCUGCUUUCAAAAGGUGAUGCUGCCACAGUCAUAGGCAUCAUGGUCAGUAGGAAACAGAGGGAUCCUAGCUUCUUUUUCGAGUACAAGCUAGACAAGGAAGGACAUAUGAAUAGGAUAUUCUGGUGUGACUCCCAGUCUCGUCAUGACUAUGAGGACUUCGGCGACGUGCUUGUAUUUGACAGCACGUACAAGAUGAACCGGUAUGGUAUGCCAUUCAUACCCUUUGUUGGUCUUAACAAUCACCGGAAGACCACUGUUUUUGCUUGUGCCAUAGUUUCGGACGAGACCGAAGAGACAUAUGUGUGGCUGCUGGAGACUUUUUUGAGGUCCAUGUGUCAAAAGAUGCCUAUGAGUGUUAUCACGGAUGCCGACGCUGCGAUGAUCAAGGCAAUUCGCCAAGUCUUCCCAGACGUGUGGCACCGUAUAUGUACGUGGCAUAUAGAAAAAAAUAUGAAGAUUCACCUCAGUCACAAGUCCUUGAAGGAGUUCCGAACUCUUCUGUACUACAGCACGUCCACGGCCACGUUUGAGGAGAGAUGGCACGCGUUUUCCAAAAGAUGGCAGUCGGAAAAAACAGUAACAUGGUUGAGACGGAUGUAUAAGAAGAGGAGACUGUGGGCCGCGGCUUAUCUGACAGAGGGUUUUUGGCUUGGCAUGAAAAGCAACCAGAGGAGUGAAAGUCUAAACUCAUGCCUUCACCUCCACCUAGACGGUGAAAUGACCCUGGUGGAUAUGAUUUUGCACUAUGAGAACGCCGUUGUACGUAUCCGUGAGAAUGAGGCACGAGAUGAUUGCACGGCCUCACAGAGUUUACCGGUGCCAGUUACUAGCUCGAGGGAACUUGAGAUAGCUGCUUCUCACGUCUUCACUCCAGCAAACUUCUAUAUGUUGCAAGCUGAUCUUAGGAAAAUUGGUGGCAUGGAGAUUGUAGAAAUAAAGCUCGGAGACGGAUCACAGCAGUACAUCGUGGCCUGGAAGAAUAACCGGAAGAGCCGUUUUUGGGUGGAGUACACUCCAGUAAAUUCUGCAGAAACUAUAAGACGCAAGGUUGGGACUGCCCGCCAGGCGCACAAGCGAUCUGUUGGGAUUUGGAUGGACUGGAGCAGCUGA